CCGGGACCAACGCGCUCAGACAAACGGCCCGCAUAGCCACGGAAAGCGGCCGCAUACUACUGCCUACGACUCGCACGCAGUCAUCCACCCUCCUGGUCGCUCUGAAUGCGCAAGCUACGUCUAUUCCCCGUCCCGCGCUCUCGUCAAUCCUCCCGACCGCCCUCUCCCACUUCCACCCCCGCCGAAGCCCCUGACCAGCAUCAGGAGCAUACCUCUCCUGGUGAGCCCUCCUCUAGGCCCCCGCCGGAGCCUUCCUCGGCCAGCACCCGACCUGUUGAGUCCUCUCAGAAGACCGAAAAGGCGGCCAUGGCGGACACUGCCGUUGCUAGCUCGUCGCGUUCCAGAGGUCACCCUUCUUCAAAAGCAGAACUGGCGAAGCGCAAAAUCGAGACUCUGUUUCAGACACUUUCUGUCGAAAGAGAUGCCGCAAAGAAGCGUUCGAUAGACCUGGAGGAGAAACUUGCCUCAAUGGUUAUUGGCGAUUCAGAAAAGGAGCAAAUGCGGAAGAAACACGUGAAACAGGAGAUAGCUUUUCUGAGAGAGCGUAGACGUCCCAUGUCCGAAGCUGAUUUUGAAAUGAUUAGUAUAAUCGGAAAGGGUGCCUUUGGAGAAGUCAUGCUUGUCAAGCACAAGAAAGAUAAGAACUACUACGCCAUGAAGAAGUUAAGGAAGAAGGACAUGCUCAAGAAAGAGCAAGUUAAUCAUGCAUGGUCCGAGAGGCAUGUCCUUGUCGCGGCGAACCAUGAAUUUGUCUGUCAGCUAUGUUAUGCUUUCCAGAACAGUGAGUUCCUUUACCUUGUGAUGGAGUUUCUGGCUGGCGGGGAUUUGAUGACUCUGCUCAUUGACAGAGAUACUCUCACUGAAGAAGAUGCACGGUUUUAUAUUGCUGAGAUGGUUGUUGCUAUUGACACCAUUCAUAAGUUGGGCUUUAUCCAUCGUGAUGUCAAACCGGACAACCUCCUCAUCGACAAGGAUGGCCACCUUAAGUUGUCCGAUUUUGGACUUUGCAAGAGCUUCAACGUUGACGUUGAGUCACUCCCAGCGUCAAACGUGAACCCUACAGCUCAAGAACCACACUCCACCCUGAGCGAACUCUCUAUGACUGAGAGGGCUGCCGCAUGGAGAAGAAGUGCCCGAAAGCAAGCUUUCUCCACAGUCGGAACCCCCGACUAUAUCUCUUGCGAAGUGCUGAUGAAGCGUGGGUACAACAAAGAAUGUGAUUACUGGAGUUUGGGCGUUGUUCUGUACGAAAUGCUGGUUGGGUAUCCGCCAUUCUACGCAGAAGGAGCUAUCAAGACUUGUCGAAAAAUCUUGAACUGGCGACAGACCCUUCGCUUCCCGCCGGAGGCUAAGAUUAGUUGGGCAGCCAAGAACCUCAUACAGUCUCUGGUUUGCGACGCAAAGUACCGGCUCGGUGCCAAAAGAGGCAUGGAUGACUUCAAGGAGCACCCUUUCUUCGAAGGUGUGGAUUGGGAAAAUCUUCGCACGAUGAAGCCACCGUUCUUGCCGGAACUACGUGGACCCACUGAUACUCGAUAUUUCGAAGAUCACAAACCAUUGCAUGGUGUGAAACCAGAGCUAGACGCCACGAAACCGUCGUAUCUCAAAGAUCCAGCAGCCGAGGAGUUCAUCGGAUUCACGUUCAAACGCUACAAUCCUAAUGAAGCUCCCGCUGGUCGUCGAGCGGUCUUGACAAGUUCCAUGUACGAUGCGCCUGAUGGAGCACAAGACUGAGCUGGCCAGCAGACCAACAUACAUGCGAAGUCCUUUGCACGUGUGAGUGGUCUGUCUUCGUGGAUUUCCUUAGAGGAAACUUUAAUCCCUUCAUCUUAGUUUGGUGAUGUAGGAGCGUUCUUGCGCGGCCGUCCUCUUUUCCGUUUUGGCGUCUCCUUAGCGGUUACAAUUGCAUCAGCUUCGACUUUCCUCGGUCGUCCUCGUCUGCGCUUCGGCUGCAGAGGUUCUUUUUCACUAGCAGCGGACGUCUCGCUUUUUCGAGGUCGACCACGCCGGCGUUUUGGUUUGGCUUCCGGACUCUCAGACUUCGCAGGAACUGCGGAACUCCUUGCGUUUUCGACAACUUGCGCUAGCUCGAUUCCGUUUUCCUGCGAUUGGCGGCGAUGUCGUCCUGUAUCAACAGCCAACGCAGUUGUUCCGACAACCGCCGCUACGCCCUGAUCCUUUGCAUCGCUUCGAAUCACGGUUGAUGAUAACAGGAGCUGUGUAGCAUCCAUGUCGAUGUCUACGCUACCUUGAUUAGUUUCGGCAUCACCGGAUUUGGAAGUGUCGCCAUUCGCUGUAAAUAAUAUGCUUUUUGCUGCUUUGGACACAGCUUCUUUCUUU